AUCACAGCUUGCCGACGUACAGUGGGAUGGGCAGUGUGAACAAUUUGUUUGUAUGAUCGUUUACUGAUAAUGUUAACGCUUGUCUAAUAGUUUGUGUUGUUUCGCAUGUGUUGGCUCGGCCCAAUCAAUUAUUAUUGUUUGACAUGACUUUGGAAGACCCGUUUUACGUCGUCAAAGAUGAGGUGUUCAGAGCACUGAACAAGACGCGCGGGCUCUACCUGCGUUGGCAAGAGAUUUCAAAGGCCCCUGCCCCACCCAACAGUCCAGAAGUAGAAUGGACUUCCACCGAGCUGCGGAAUGCCCUGCGUAGUAUUGAGUGGGACUUGGAAGACCUUGAAGAUACUAUAAGCAUAGUUGAAAAAAACUCGUCCAAAUUUAAGAUUGACAAUAAAGAAAUUUGUGAUCGUCGUAGCUUCAUAGAAAUAACCAAACAAGAAGUGAAGGUGAUGAAAAGCAAAAUGAGUCUGAACAGGCAUCGCGACAACGACGGAACCGCAAGGGAGCCGCUUCUAGGGGAAGAAAGCCCCGUGCACUUCAGCAAUACAUGGACAGCCACGCCCAAGUACUCCAAAUACUCUAAACUGGCGAGUCAGACCGACAGCCCUGGCCGCUUCGAUGCCUACGAUGCUGACAUCAUGUCCAUGCAGGAGAAAAUGCUGUUGAGCCAAGACGAACAGCUGCACGUCAUCGGCAGCUCCGUCGGCUCCUUGAAGACUGUGUCCAAACAAAUCGGCAUAGAGUUGGACGAACAAGCUGUGAUGUUGGAUGACCUAAACACUGAAUUGGAAAACGCUGAUUCAAAGUUGGAUUCAACACUCAAGAAAGUCGCUAGAGUUCUUCACAUGAACAAUGAUCGGAGGCAGUGGACGGCGAUAUGCAUACUGCUCGUUAUUUUAGUGAUUAUCAUAAUUUUAUUCAUUAUCAUGUAAACGUUUAACCUUGUAAUGUAGUUCGAUGGUUUGUUCGUGUUGUAUUGUUUACCGAGUUGCGAUGUUCUAGUUAUAAACCGCAACACGCUAAGUCAGAAUGAUUUGGGAAAUGUUCAUAUUCUAAACAAACGACUGAAGAGCUGGACAUGAUUAGCAAAGAGCAUACAAUAGCUUGGCAAGUUCGUUGGUAUACAAUCAUGGUAUGCGGGCGACGGGGGACGUUUGACUGUGGGUAUGAGAAUUCAUAUGCGUCCGGCAGGGGCCACAAGUCAGGUGCAUUAGUUUUAGAUAAUCAACAACUUAACUCAUAUUUAGUAAACUACGUCUGUAAGAAUGAUAUUCACUUUUUAUUGGUCUUCAAACCUAGGCUUAUAUCACGCAUUUUUUUAAAUAUUUAAAAAAAUAGAAUAGAAAUAUUUUGAAGAUUUUUCAUUCUAAUUUUUUCCAAUUUUCUGAUUAAUUAAUAGGCGUUUUUAAUUUUUAACAAUGUUAGUAAAACAUAAAACUAAUACAAAUCACUAUUACAUUCUUUUCAAUUUUAACUAUUUUAUAAUAUAAUACAAUGGAAAUGUAUAUUACACAUACAUGUAUACUAUAAUAUCCAGUUAGGUUAUAUACUAUAUUCAGAUAUAUCUGCAGACAUAAUCGAAACGUAAACGUAUACGUAGCGAUCAACUAUUUCCUGUUUCCAACUUUACCCCCCUGGUAGCUUGUGGAUCAUGGUUACGAACAAAGCCAACAAGCCAGCGCAAAGCGGUGACAUGACAGUGACCGCCUUGUGCUGAUAACCCUGCGUUUUGUCUCAUUAUUUAAUGAUAUAGACUUCAUAAACUGCAAUAUAAUCGGAGUUUCAACAAAAGUUUUGUGCUCGUAGAUCUCACAUAACGGAAAAAUAGACUGAAGUUAAUCCUCAUAUGCCAGUAAUACCAUCGUACCUUCAAACUUGUUGGGCUAUUUGCUCACACAAUCUAUACCAAUAUUAUAAAGCUGAAGAGUUUGUUUGUUUGUUUGGUUGAACGCGCUAAUCUCAGGACCUACUGGUGCGUUUUGAAAAAUCAUUCCUGUGUUUAGAUAGCCCAUUUAACGAGGAAGGCUAUAGGCUAAUAUAUAUAUUAUAUCUGUAUUCCUACGGGAACGGGAACCACGCGGGAGAAACCGCGCGGUGUCAGCUAGUGCUUCCAUACAAUCCUCUGAACUUAUUAGACAUUAAUGAUUUUCUAUAGAAGAUAUGCUAUGGAUAUUUUUUGUAACAGAGAAGUUGCAAUGUAUAACAGACAUGGUUGAUUUUAUCCUCGGAAAGUCGCCAAUUUGCGAACAACCCAGCUGUACAGCGAGAAUGCUGCUAAAGAUGAGUGAGUGGUUCAGUGAACUAUAGUCUGGCAACUUCGUUGAUAACACUCCCACGAUAUGCGGGCGAGGGGAAGGGGGAAUACUGCCUGGGUGUGAAAUCGUGCGUUCGGCGAAGUGAUGUGCAUCAGUCGUGGGUUUUUCAUUCAUCGCUACAUCGGUCCGCGCGAAACAUCGGGAGUGUUACGAACGAAUUUGCCAAGCUACUCGUAUAUUUAGUAUAUUUGUUUUACUUUUGGAAUUCCAUUUGGCUUUGAUGGUGUAUCAACAAGCGUUUGACAGAUGACAGUUGACACAAAGUGCGCUUAAUAUUAGUUGUGUUUUUUCUAUUGGUUGUGAUUCCUUUAAUCUAAAUAUAGCUUUCUUUAUCAUAGACACUAGAAAAUAUUAUGUUGAGUUGACAGAAAAAAAUUACAUAUGCUAUGUAUUAGUUGAAUUUUUAUCGCUUUAGUCAAUGGCGUGCACUGACCUAGAAAUGAGGGUAAACUUUUUUACAAAAGGGAUUCUCCUUUCUCCUACGUCAACAAAGCAGGGCGUUAAAAAUGUUUAUCAAACUCUACUGCAGAGUUAUCAUUAUGUUUCAAAGUUACCCUCCUUUGUAGUUGCGUUCUUUGCAGACCAGUAUUGUGGCGCAUUCUUCUAUACAGUUUUGCAAGAGAUGUCUUAACUAGAUCCGUCCAUCUCGUAACCGAUUUGUUGCGGUUUGAUUCAAACUUAUGUCGUCGACACGAUAUAAGUGUGUUGUUAUAAGCGAUUUAGCGAUCCGUAACGAUGUCGUGUAGAAACCGAAAGGGGUAUGGAUUUUCAUCCCACUCCUAACAAGUUAGCCCGCUUACAUUUUAUAUUGCAUCAUCACUUACCAUCAGCUGAGAUUGUAAUCAAGGGCUAACUUGUAGAGAAUACAAAAAUAACUGUCAUGUUACACUAACAAAUAGGAGAAUUCGUUUGUGCAAUAUUUAAAUAAAUUAAAUUCAGAUGAUAAUAUUAUUUUUUCGAUUCGGUAAAAUAAUUUUAUUAAAUUAUUAUUUGCCUUGUAAUAUUUAAUAUAUUUGGUGUUUACAGAAAAAAGUUCCCUAAGAUAGAUUUAGCCUCAACUAUGUAUUACACUCUUGUAUUUGAUUUAGCAUUUUUGAGAGUUGUUAUAGAAUUAAAUGAACGAGUCUUUCCAUUAAUAGUACGUGCAUAUUAACACUAUCAUGUGUUUUACCAUUGGACUGAGAGCUUGCGAUAGCCAGACAUUCCUGUUAGGCUAUUCUGUAACGAUAUUUUUAUCACUCGCAAGUGCGAGUAUCGAAUUCACCUCUAUCUCCCUCUCUGUAUAUCACGAUACUAUAGAAUGAGAAAGGUAGCGGUGAAUUCGAAACUCGCACUUGCGAGUUAUAAACAUCGUUAGAGAACAGCCAGUGCAGAGGUUGAAAGUUUGUCAGCUUAUGGUCCUACUAUAUGUAAGUAUAGUAGCCAAUUAUUGAGUUUGGACCAUGCUGAGCUUGGAAGUUGGUAGAUUUCAAAAGUCUAGUUCUAUUUAUCUGAUAAAAUUUAACUUUAAUAAAUCUAAAAAAAAAAAUCUUUUAUGGUGUGGUUCUUCUAUUGAUGCGGCGAAUCUAUGUGGCUGGCUAUUCGGGACAUGAUUUUUCACAUUAUAACUUUUUAAGGACAGUUGAGCUUAAUUAAGGCUAUUAUGUAAAAUAUUUGAUCGUCGUACAACUCAAAUAAUGAUUCAACGUUUUCAUCAUAUUUUUGUUUUUACUGUCAGUAAUUUUACGUUAAGUGGCAUUAAUAAAGUAUUGAUAGUAGCAAGAAGUCAUUUAAUAUUAACUAAAAACCGCUAACGUAUGAUUAUUUUGUUGAAAUAAUCAUAUUAGAUGAUCGUAAAAACAAAACAUCACUGCACCAUUGAUGUAAAAUGGCGAAGUCAAUGUAAAUUCGUUGAAAUAAUAAUGAAUAAAAGAAAAUACAGCGAAAAACGAUGUAGUGAUUCAUUAUUUGUACACCGAGACAAAAUAUUAUACAUAAUAGGCCUGGUGACCCCUAAAACACUGCUACCUUCUAAAGCCUCCGCAGUUCCAACUCCAUAAUCGGCUGCCACACUUACCACAGGCUCACUAAAUGAAAUAAAUCUGGCUACUGCAAGUUCUCGGUGUAUAUAAUGUAGCGGACAAAGAUAUUUUAUUACAUAAGGGUAGGUUAAGUGACGUAAACAUUUUAAGAUCCAACGUGUUAGAACGAUGUGUCAUUAGUGCGUUGCGUCAAUGCAUAUCAUAUAUAAACUAGCGGACGUAACAACUUCGUCCGCUUCGAAAUCGAUUUAUACUGUCAAUCCCUAUUGAAAUAAUUGACAGUUUACAUAUCUUCAAUGUACAGAAUUUGACCUGUUACAGUUUUACUAAAAGUAUAGAUGAUAUGCCAUAUUAAGCGUUGCUUCGUCGCAGUUUCGGACGGUUUCACUUGUUUCAAUCCAUUGUUGAGAAUGAUUGGGUGCGUGCGUCGUCCUCUUGCAUGGCGACAUCCUGCGUCAUCGUAACGCAGGAGUGGCAUACAGUGCAUUGAUAUUUUGCGACGACGCAACGCAACGCACUAAUGAGAAAUCUUCCAUAUGGAACUUGACUAAUUACAUAAGGACUGGUAUCGCAUUAUUCAUGCACCUAAUUGUCUGUAAUUUUUCUAGAAACACGAGUUUAGAUUAGGUCGGUAUCUUAAACUAAACUAAAAGUUGUUGACCGUUUUUUAAACCAUUCAACUACACAAAAUGGUUAAUUUACGGAGCUCUUUAACCGACGAACAUGAUAAAAGCUAUGAAAUAUCGAUUCUAUACAGACAGUUUUUAUAAUCGCAUUAGAUCGUUGAUCAUAUACUUUGACAGGAAAGUAACGUCUAGCGAGGCAGGUCCUUAUGCAGUUAGUUUAUGGAACUAUAGACUAAAAUUACGUGUAGUUAGUAUGAAUAUGUAUUUUUUAAAUUAUGCCCGUAAAUAUUAAAAUAAUUAUGCCCGUAAAUAUUAAACAUAAGUAAACCGCGAUUUGUAGAGAACAGAUAUAGAGUUGUAUCAAAAGACUGGUGUCUACCACUAGUGGCGUACAUUUUACUAUUUUAAUUUUUUUAUUAAUUUUGAUAUUUUUAGCAAUUGUUCACAUCAGAUUUCAUAAGUUAAUUGAAUGCAUGCAAGUAUAAAACAAGUUACCUCUAAGAUACUGUAGUUAAUUUUACGAUAUAAUUAAAGGAAAAUGAUACCAAUUUUAACAUUAAGGAUUAUUGUUUUUAUAUUAUGUGUACUUAUAUAUCUAUAAGUUAAUAUGGAAUAUAAUAAUUUUUAUUAAUCAAAACAAUUGUAACCAAUAUAUUUAAUGAAAUAAUAUUUUAUCAAGCGACGAAAAUACGGAGGAAGGUUCUCAAUUCGAUGCAUAUAUAUUGUUGUUUGGAAAAAGUUCCUACACCAAUAGUGGAAAAAUAGGGGUAAUUUAUUAAUCACUUACAGAUUCUAACGCUGAAUAGUGUAUUACAAAAAAACUCAAUGAAGGAUCGUACCUUUUAGACUCUUUUGUAGACCUCUAAGUUUUUGCAUUUCUGCUAAAGGUUGUCUGGUCGAUUAGAGUCUUUUCGGGGUCGUAGCUUGCAGUUUGUGUAUCAAUGUGAUGGCCCAGCAUCUUAUUAGCAGCAUCCUAUGCUCAAUGUAUCCUUGUCUAACACCUUUUAUAACACUGAAAGGUUCCCUUUUCUUUUCCAAUUGGAUUCUCGCAGUCCUGUAUACGUUUGUUAUAAGAUAAAUUUUCUUGUGUUCAAUUCAUUGGGGCCUCCACAUAUUUUUAUGAAACAAGGAAUCAAAUGCUUCGUUGCAAUCAACGAAUGCAAUAUUUUGUUAUUUAUUAUUUGAAUUAUUAUUUUUUGUUAGAAAUUCUUUAUGAACUUCCUCCUUUUUAUUAUAAAAUAUUGGUAUGUUGAUAAAUAUGUCUUUAUUAAAUUUUAUGUUUUUAAUUUCUUUAAAUAUUUUUUAAAGAGGGUAUUAUUUACGCCACUGUGCGGUAGUCUACGGUUCCAAAACCCAUUUUAUUUUUGUUUGUCAAGUUUUGGUUCCGUGCAUCACUACCAAUAGGGUUAAAAGACACCUGUGUGCAGAUGUCUGGUUUUAUAAUUAUAUUCAAAUUCUUGUUCUUAAUUUAUCCGUUGAAACCUGAAGCAAUUAUGGUGAAACAGGAUACUUUCCUGAUAGAUGCAAAGUGUAACUGCGUAUAUAUUUUAUGUAGAAAGAUGAAUAGCUAACAGUGGAAUUCUAACGUUGUGGGGGCGCCCCCGGGGGACCGUUCACCCGCUGAGUGUCGAAUUUAAACUAUGCGUUUGAGCAGGUAGCACUUGCCCGAAAUUUGUUAGGUUGUGAAAUUAACCCUAAUACGAUGAAUCCUAAUCGGGAUAAAAUGUGAAGAUACCUGGUUUUAUAAUUAUUCUCAUAUUUUUAUUCAUAUUAUAUUCGUUGUAAUCAGAUGCAUUUGAUGACGAUGAAGUACACAGUUUAGGUUAAUGUUUAGAUUUAAGUUUAAAUUAUUGUUUGUAUAAGAUUUCCGUGAAGUUUAAAAAUAAAUAAAUUAUUUAUUU